UGGAGAAGGCGAUUGGGGUGACGCGAGGGGCGGAGUUUGUGGAAGAAGAUGGCGGCCGCCCGUGGGUUAUCGCUAAUGGCCGUGGCGCUGAGGGUGGUCACUCCCUGGGCAAGGGGCAGGCUCCUCGCGGCCUCUCGCGGACCUCAGGCUCGUCGGGAAGCGUCGUCCUCCAGCUCCGAGGCCGGAGAAGGACAGAUCCACCUGACCGACAGCUGCGUCCAGAGGCUUCUGGAAAUCACCGAAGGGUCAGAAUUCCUCAGGCUGGAGGUGGAGGGAGGCGGAUGCUCCGGAUUCCAAUACAAAUUUUCACUGGAUACAGUUAUCAAUCCCGACGACAGGGUAUUUGAACAGGGUGGGGCAAGAGUGGUGGUUGACUCUGAUAGCUUGGCCUUCGUGAAAGGGGCCCAGGUGGACUUCAGCCAAGAACUGAUCCGCAGCUCAUUUCAAGUAUUGAACAAUCCUCAAGCGCAGCAAGGCUGCUCCUGUGGCUCAUCCUUCUCUGUCAAACUUUGAUGCGACGGCAGGUGACCCAGAGAUUGCUUCCACAUGCACCAAUUUGAGGAGCCUGGCAGUAGUAGAAUUCUAGAGGUUUCCUUCCAAUCAUCCUUCUCUCAAUUGUUUUUUUCCCUUCAGUCUAGGAGUGUUGUGUUUGCCACUGUUAUUUUCAGAACGUGAAGCUUUUACUCUUGAUUUAAUUUCACUCACACAGUUCUGAGGCCAAGCGUCUAGAUGCGAUGAUCUAAGCUCUGCUAACUUGUUGAAACCCACCCUGUGUAAUCUGUAGAGCCUUCACAGUUCCAGAGUUUCGAGUUACUUCUCUGGCCUUCAGAGCUGUUUGUACAUAUGCGUAUAGCUAUGUAUAAAAGCUUUAUUUUGAA